UGCUUGCUUCCUUCGGCGGCCAUUUGGAAAUCGUGAAGUACCUUUUGGAAGUGGGCGCUGAUGUGAACAGCAAAAACAUAGAAGGCGAAAGCGCACUCCACGCCUGCGCAAAGGCAGGACAUCUGGAAGUAAUGAAACUGUUGCUGGAACACAACGCUCGGACGGGUCCCGACUAUUCUGGUGAGUCUUGCUUGAAGGGUCUCGAUCCAGGAAUGUAUACCUUUAGGUUUUUUGUAAGAUUUGAAUUAGUCCAAGUUCAAUAAAUAUCUCCAUUUUGAAUGGAAUCAGGUGAACUUUAGAUUAAACUGAACACAGCUAAAGAUUCCUUGAUUUUCCGGAUUAUUUAUUCUUUUUCUUCCCUUUGAUAGGAUUAACGCCUUUGAUUGUGGCCAGCUCUCUUGGACAUCGGGACAUGGUAGAAUAUCUGGUACGCAGACUAGGUCUGGUAUAUGGAAAAGAGAAAGCCGAUGCAUUGGAGCUACUUGGAGCUUCCCUUUUCAACAGCACGCAAGAUAUAGUCGCUACAGUUAAUUACUGGAAAUCAGCAAUCAAUCAGAGGUACGUCAAUGGCGAACUCAUUCAUCCAAAAACCCAGGAUAAUUCGUCUUGUCCUUCAGAUGGGGAGUUCAGUGAAGUCAACACCUUGGAGGAAUUAGAAAGUAUAGAAUCAGACCCUCAAGAAGUUCAAUUGCAGACACUUCUCGUGAUGGAAAGGAUUUUAGGCCCUGGUCACUUGCAAACAAUGCAGAAUAUUAAUAAAACAGGGAAUUCUUAUGUAGACAGCUAUGCUAUUAAACGAUGCAUCAAAUUAUGGGUUCACGCCAUCGAUACGCAACGAAAUCAGUUGAAUCCACUGCACCAGAGUAGGCUGUUUCACCUCAGAUCAUUAGCCAAACUAUUUGGAUUCCUAACAAACACUGCGAAUGCACACAACUGGAAUGAUAAUUCCAAGGAAUAUGCCACGGAAUUUAUAAAUGUGCUUUUAAAGGGAAUCGAAGAAAUGGAGCUGAUUAUCUCCACAUUAAAUGAUGCUGACGAUUAUGUAAGGAGGAAAAACGAUUCUCACCUCUACCAGUUUAGCAUGAUAAUUUCGCAUUUUUUGGAGUUGUUUGCGAGAUUACAGCGUGACUUCUCUGACUGCCAGCGGCACACAGUGAAAAAUGCAGUGUCUUCCCUUAUUGAAAAUGGUUUCAGUGUUUCCCGAGGUUAGUCUUCUUUGUAAGUCGCUUCCUCCCAAGAAUUGAAGGAAAUUGUUGACCCGGAUCUACGUAUGUCUGCCACCCCCAGAAUGGAAGUCCUGAACCUUCUGCUAGUGAGGGGCUCUGAUCCUAGUCCCUCAGAUUCCCUCUUGUUAAGAGGGGCUCACUUAGAUACUAGGAAUGGUCAAGGCCAAACGCUCGCAUUUUACAGCUGACCAAGGGCAGCCAGUUUCUCAGCUAGUAAAUGUUGUUCGUCACACCUCCUUGCAGUGCCUGGCUGUAGCGUGUGUUAUUAGUCAUGGUAUAUCUUACAAGGACAUCUUGUAUCUUCGACUUGAGCAGUUUGUUGACAUGUAAUAUAAGGUAUACUUUUUGCCCAAUGAAAUCACCUGAUUCCUGUUACAUACUGUAUAUUGUAAUACUGUAAUUUACACCUGUAUGAAUGUAUAUAUUUUUUCCUGUAAGUCUUUUGCACACACUUAAGUAGACUUUUUCAUUUAUGGU